CUUUCCCGAUCGGCCAAAGCGGCAGUGCUUCAACGGGAACCUUUCGUAGAGAUAGAAAAUUAGAGCAAACUCGGAUCGCUUCCUCGCGCAGGCAUGAAGGAUUAGGCGCUGUCCAAUAGGGCGCAUUUUCAGCAAAGAGCUGCAAAGGAGGCGAAAACGGGACUUUCCGUCGGGUUUUGGCAGAAAUUAAGGUCCUGCAUCGCUUUGUAGGAUGUGGCCUGAUAACAUUGAUGACUCCAGUCUCUCCAGGCAAAUGGGAUGGUCUCCACUAAAAAAUCCAGUUGAUUUGUUUCAUUCAGAACCCGUCGUGAAAAUAUGUGCUCCUAUGGUUAGGUAUUCAAAAUUGUCUUUCAGAACUUUAGUCAGGAAAUAUGACUGUGAUUUAUGCUACACACCAAUGAUCAUUGCAGCGGAUUUUGUCAAAUCUUUGAAAGCCAGGCACAGUGAAUUUACAACAAACCAAGGUGACCAUCCUUUGAUUGUUCAAUUUGCUGCUAAAGAAGCACAAGUUUUGGCAGAUGCAGCUGGGCUUGUGAGUCCGUUUGCGGAUGGCAUAGAUUUAAACUGUGGUUGUCCACAAAGGUGGGCCAUGGCAGAAGGCUAUGGUGCUUGCUUAAUAAACAAACCACAACUGAUACAAGAGAUGGUGAGAUCAGUAAGAAAUCAAGUGGAAAAACCCACAUUUUCAGUAUCUAUUAAGAUACGGAUCCAUGGAGAUCUACAGAGAACCGUAGACCUCUGCCAAAAAGCAGAGUCAGCUGGCGUAUCCUGGAUCAGUGUACACGGGAGAAGUGUAGAAGAAAGACAUCAGCCAGUGCGCUACGAUGCAAUUAAGGCAAUUAAAGACAGCGUCUCCAUACCGGUGGUAGCUAACGGUGAUGUGAAGUCCCUGAAAGAUGUGGAGGCCAUUCAUCAAAGAACAGGAGCUGAUGGUGUCAUGGUUGCGAGAGGGCUCUUAGCCAACCCAGCUUUAUUUACAGGGUAUGAAGACACACCUCUGCAGUGUGUUCAGGACUGGGUGGAUAUAGCCCUUGAGCAGGGUACCCCUUUCACCUGCUUCCAUCAUCAUUUAAUGUACAUGCUGGAGAGGGUGACUUCAAAACAAGAAAAAAAGAUUUUUAACGUUUUAUCAAGUACGUCUGCUGUUUUGGACUACCUUAGAGAUAAUUAUGGUGUUCGGUAGCCUUCUAGAUAUAUUUAAUUGUGAGAAGACCAAACUCGUUUAUAAAUUCUGUACGCCUACGGUUGUUUUUUCUACUCGAGGAUUUCCGUAUGUGCAUUUAUACGAUUUUAGCAUUUUCUUAUGAGCAAAUUGUGAAUAAAAACAGCAACCGUCCAUAGGUUUAUUUAGCCCUCAUCAAGCAAACUGUACUUCAAUAGGUGCAAACUGUGAACCUUAAUCUCAGGUUGGUUUAUUCGGACUGAGUACAGCUAUAGAUAUGGCUACGUUAUAAAAAUAAUUUAAUAAAAGAGAUACACAGACAAAACACAAGCAA